ACUGGCGUCUUGGUCGGCAAUUUCCUCAGUGGCUACAAUUCCAAAGGAACAUGUAUAGUUUAGACAUCUCCCAUGCUGGAAUUUCAGGUGUCAUUCCCACUUGGUUUUGGAACCUUUCGACUUCAUUUGAAUAUCUAAACCUUUCCCAUAACCAAUUAGUCGGGGAGUUUUCAUAUUUACCGAUAAGUUGGAUUGCUGACUUGAGUUCCAACCUAUUCACAGGUCCAUUGCCACAGGCAAUAUUCUCAGAUUUGGGGGAUUUAUUUUUGUCCAAGAACUUUUUUUCAGGAUCACUUUUUAAUUUUCUUUGUAAUUCCUCAAAUAACCUGAAAGUUUUGAACAUUCUUCACGUUGAAUCAAAUCUUCUGUCAGGUGAAAUUCCAGAUUGUUGGGAAAAUAUGCCAAUGUUGGAAGUCCUAAAUUUAGGAAACAACAGUCUAACUGGGAAAAUUCCUAGAUCCUUGGGAUCUAUGCGUCUUAUUGAGUCAUUAAGCCUUCGUAACAAUAAUCUGUUUGGAGAAGUACCAUCCAUAUUGCAGCAUUUAGUUAAUAUGCUUGUUCUUGAUCUUAGUGAAAAUCAAUUGACGGGAAGUAUUCCAGCAUGGAUUGGAGACAAGCUCUCAAACCUUGUGAUUCUAAACCUCCGUUCAAAUAACUUUCAAGACUAUAUUCCUGAUCAGAUUUGUGCUCUUAAUUCUCUUCAUGUCUUGGAUCUUGGUUAUAACAACAUUUCAGGAGCUAUUCCAAAAUGUUUUAGUAACCUAAGUGCCAUGGCCACAACCCUCAACCCACACGUGGCUAAUUGGUUCUCGAGAUUCUACCCUGACAACUCGUUUUAUUUUGGUGCAUUAUUGGUGAUGAAAGGAAGAGUGGAUGAAUACAGUACCACACUCGGACUUGUUACCGGCAUAGACCUUUCAGUUAACAGUCUCACAGGAGAGAUCCCCAAAGAACUUGGUUAUCUUAUGGGACUGCUGUCAUUAAAUUUGUCAGGGAAUCUCCUAACUGGAAAGAUACCAGAGACCAUUGGUAAUAUGGAGAUGUUGGAAUCUCUUGACUUGUCCAUGAACCGACUCCAUGGUGAAAUCCCUUCAAGUUUUUCCAAUUUGAAUUUCUUGAAUCACUUCAACUUGUCCUACAACAACUUGACAGGACAAAUCCCAUCAAGCACCCAACUCCAAAGCUUUGACAAGUCUUCUUACAUUGGCAAUCAUCUUUGCGGACCUCCAGUCACUAAAAAUUGCAACAAAAAGGGCGAAGCACCUGAUGGUACAAAUGGAGGUAGUAGUGGAGGAAAGAAAACAUCAGAGGUGAAUUGGCUUUAUGUAAGCAUAGUGCUUGGAUUUGCGAUGGGGUUUUGGGGAGUAGUGGCUCCCCUUGUUUUAAUCAGGUCUUGGAGGUUUGCUUAUUAUAAAAAAUUGGAGCAAAUUGGUGACAAGCUAUGCGUGUUUUGGGCUACUAUUGAGACCAUAUUCAUUAUAUUAAUUGUGUACUCAAAAUGUGGUGAGAGAAAGGGGAGAAAAUAA